GGGGCCGUGCGGACGCCGCAGCGGGCGCGAUGCCACGGCCCGCGGUGCGGCUGCUGUGGCUGGGCCGCCUGCACUAUGGCGAGCUGCUGGCGCUCCAGGAGCGCUGGCUGCGGCGGCUGCAGGCCGAGUCAGGCCCCCAGGCCCCGUCGGGAACGGAGGCGGGCGCGCUCCUGCUCUGCGAGCCCGCGGGGCCCGUGUACACGGCCGGGCUGCGCGGCGGCCUGACGCCCGAGGAAGCUGCGCGGCUGCGGGCCCUGGGCGCCGAGGUGCGCGCCACAGGCCGCGGCGGCCUCGCCACCUUCCACGGCCCGGGCCAGCUGCUGUGCCACCCGCUGCUGGACCUGCGGCGCCUCGGCCUGCGCCUGCGCAUCCAUGUGGCGGCGCUGGAGGCGUGCGCCGUGCGCCUGUGUGAGCUGCAGGGCCUGCGGGGCGCCCGCGCGCGGCCCCCGCCCUACACUGGCGUCUGGCUUGGGGAGCGCAAGAUCUGCGCCAUCGGAGUCCGCUGUGGAAGGCACAUCACGUCGCACGGUCUGGCUCUGAACUGCGCUACCGACCUCACGUGGUUUGAGCACAUUGUGCCGUGUGGACUGGUUGGCACAGGUGUCACUUCGCUGAGUCAGGAGCUCCAGAGGCACGUCUCCGUGGAGGAAGCGAUGCCGCCUUUCCUGGAGGCCUUUCAGGAGACCUACAAGUGCACACUGAUCUCAGAGGACAGCUCCAGCUGACGGACAUCCACGCACCACACAGAGGAGCGCCUCGCCUUAGAAAGCACCACGGCUGGCUGAGUCCCUGGCACCCAGCUUUGAGAGCCGGCCUGGUACUGGUCAUGCAACUAAGCACAGAUAGGUGCUCGGAGCGACGGUUGCGUGUAUAUCCUGGUUUAGCUGUAGCUUCCCUACCUACCUCAGAGGUAACAGACGUGGAAACGCUAUGAGAAGCAUCGGGUGCUGUAUAAAAUAGCGCUGCUGACACCAGUUCCUCUGUUCAGAGAAAUUUGGACGUCACCGAUGGUCAUUCAUGAAGUAUUUGUUACUUUCUCAAUGUGGUCUCUAAGUGGGCAAUCCCGGCCCUGAUACAGUGGGAAUCGGAUCUGUGGGUGCUCUAGGUGAAGGUGAUAUGAUGCUGUGCUUCUUCAUUCUCAAGAGACCUGGGUGCCCUGUGCAUGCAGUAAAGGGAAUAUCCAUUUCAAAGAAUAAAAUGAGAUGUUGCCCUCCUGG